CGUAGCGCAAUCGUUGCGUAUCGUUGGAAGAGGUAAAUCUGUAGAUCUCCGUGUAUAGUGCCCAUGCCUUGUUGCCGCUCGAUGUCAAUCAUGUGCGAAGUGUCGCCGAAGUCCAAAAGCUCGUUGGAUGUCGAAGUGUCAAAGCCCUGCAAGACUCUGACAGUGGUGCGAUCGGCCUCCGAACCAACGAAAACGCGUACUGUGAAAGUCUUGGAUGAAGAUGUGUACACUACUGAGAUCGGGAAGAUCAUCGAGCGAGACUUUUUUCCCGAUGUGCCGAAGCUGAGAGCGCAGAAUGAGUACCUCGACGCCCUCGAAGCUAACAACAUUACAAAGCUAAGGGAGCUGCAGGAAAAGUACCAGCAUCGCGGUAGCGCCCGAAGCGUACUCCGUUCAAUUCAAACACCAUCGACAUUCGAGACUCCGUCUCUGGAACCCAGCGUCACACCGGCCCCUUCGGAGUCUGGUGGUGCUGCUGACAAUAAGAGCACGUCAGGACUUGAGCCGGACAGUCAAGGGGUCUCGUCGCAUAACAGCCAGCUUUCGCUGGAUGCAUUCCUGCACAAACACACCAGUGAGGACAAUGCCUCUUUCGAAGUGAUGGCCACCGAGGCCGAGCGGCGGCAUCGUGAGAAGCAUGCCUGGAUGUAUCACGACGAGAAGGCGCAGGGGGCACCACUGGAUGCCAUGCUAGAGGGACCGGCACCAAAGCUGGCACUGGAAGGUCCUUCAUCCACUACCGAGCAAGAAGGCGCGAGCGAUAGGAGCAAGGCUCCCAUCACUUGGCGUUACACCAACAAGAACUCGCUCAUGUACAUACCACCAGGAGUGGCACUGACGGAGGACGAGAAGCGGGAGCGCGGCCCUGGCCGAACCAUCAUGCACUGCCACACACGCCUCGAGCGGUCACCCUUCGACGAGAGCGCUAACAAGGAAGCUCUUGCUCAGGCAGCCAAUGCCCAGGCCAAGGCCCUCGAAGGGAAGCUGGGUGUGGACGGCCGGGAACUCCAGCCAGGUACAGGUUCGCCCACAGUUGGUGGCUACGGUUUUGUGGCCACACCAUCGCCUGCACCAGGUGUUAAUGAAACUCCACUGCUGACCUGGGGUGAGAUUGAAGGCACACCGUUCCUACUGGACGGGAGUGACACGCCACUGCCACGCAAUCCUGGAGGGCCCCAGUUCCGGAUACCAGAGCCCCGUUCUAGGGAGAGGCUAGCCCAUUCUCUGGCAGACGGCGCGGCUCGCCGAAGUGCAGCCCGAAAGAAUGCGGCUCUCGAUCGUGCGCGCUCCUCUCUGUUGAGCCCAAGGCUGAGCCCUUCCCCCAAGUCGCCCUUGGCAUCCCUUGGCACAAUGUCGCCCGCCGCACGUCACUUGGCAUCAGCCAAGCUGGGCAUCUCCAAGGGCAUAGACAGGGCACUGAGGGCCAGCUACACACCAAAGACCGCCACUCCCGGCACACCAGUUGCAUGCGGGGCCACCCCAUCACCCCUUGUGCCUUCGCCCGCCUCCCGAAAGGACGCGUGUAGACGAGAGCCCUACCUCACUGGCAGCGACAGCUCUUCACUUACAGACAACCUCUUGAAGCUUCCCGUCAAGCGCAAAGCAGCUGCGGACUUUUUUUGAGGUGGCACAAGAAGCUGGACUUGUUGUGCCUUGCUGACGUGUCUGUAGCGGCUUCAGUAUCAAUGGGGACAUGAGCCAACAGCCUCCUGAUGCUGUGUCAAGAACAGAUCAGCACAUUAAUGAUUACAUGCCAAUUAAGUGCUGUGUCAUUCUGUCACACCAGUCUGUGUGCAGUGAUUUUGCCGUAAAAGUGAAGAACAGACUUGCAUUGUAGGGUGUGCUGCCGUGACUACAGCCAGCUUUCGUUCAUUGUGUAUAUACCAUGACAUUUUCACUGUGGAACUAUACACCUGCCAGAGGUUUUACUACUACAUUGCGGUGCGUAAAAAUGAACUUGAGACACUGUCAAUGGCUUUUCUCAUGAUAGGCAUAUUCAAGCAACAUGGUUACUUUGUCAUGUGCCACUUGAAGAUUACACCUAAAUCCUUGCAGUGUUCUCAACAGCUUUUUUCCUUCACACAAAUACACUCAAACCUCAUUAUAACAAAGUCAGCAUCUGCCAUGAAAAGUACUUUGUCAUAUCUGUAAAUUCGUUAUAAACGAUUAUUUGUAACACUGUACUUAUGGCAAAGCUAGUGGUCGCUUACUUUGUUAUAACCAAUAAUUCAUUAUAUUUGAAUUCGUUAUAUCGAGGUUUGAGUGUAUGUAAUGGGACAUUAAUGUCCUUUGCCUUGGUUCAUAAAAUGCUGAGUCGAUAAAUGCCUUUGUGCCUAUUCCGCAAACAUUCUUUAGCUCGAGAGCUACAGAUUGCUCUAGUUGCACUGAAUACUUGCCAUUUUUAGUUUUGCACACUGUUACGUGUAUUACAAAAUGUGCAUCUUGUGACUAAGGCUAUUAUUUGUACUGAAAGAUAGUCUCUUGGUGUUCAUAUAGUAGUUCAUUGGGCUAGACAAUUUUCAUGUUAAUUUAUCAUUUAGAUGUAUCUAGAGGGCUGGGCAUUGUAAUUUCUUUAUAUGGUACAGCAAAACUGAGGCUGCACCAUUUCUAAGCUUUAACACAUCUCAAACAGAACAGAAACUUGAAACGCACAGAUUAUCAGGUCAAUUCACUGACCUUCCCAUAUGCCAUUGCCUCUGAGAUAAUUGAUCCAAGUGUAGGAGCUCAUGAUGUAUCACAUAGAGAGAGAUGUUAGCUGCAAAACUGUCAUCAGAACAGUCUCGGAGGACAGCAUCACUUUUCGUUUCCUCUGUAGAAAAAUUAACUAAAUGUGGGCCGUAACUAUUCUCAUUUCUUUUUGAGUGCAGCACAUAGCUUGUUUAGGUGACAAAGCAUUGACCACAGUUGACUGUUGUCCUGAAUGAUGUUUGUCAGUGUAAGCUGGUUUUUGUGUGGUGUAAUGGUACCCCACAUCUCUCGUCAUCCUAUGCACUGUGUACUCUCAGCUAGAUUUAUAUGUAUCGUUUGUUAUUUCAGAGCAAUCAUCGAAUGCUGCCUAAUCAUCAUCUUUAAUGUACCCCUAAAAGGGCCCGUAAACCACCUCCAAUAUUUUUCAAGCAUUUCAAGUAAACAUGCGCAUCGUGUGCAGAAUGCUGUUGCGAUCAACGAUUCUACACAUGACAGCGCUACGAGCUGCCGGCGCGCCGCGAAUUCCAAAAAACAAUCCCUCCUCCUUCCGGGACUUUCGCCGUUCCACAUCUGACGCACCGAGUCAAAUAUGCCAAAUAUGCUGUGGUUCGUCGAGCAAGAGCCUACGACUUACGGUCAGUCUGCAAGGCAGCUGCUCGCACUGCUUGUUGCACGUGUUCCCCGCGUGCAUGCAACACGUGCGGGGCACGACUGUGUCCUCAUAUGGGUCCAUCAUGUUGGCGAACCUUUGAAGGCCUGCGCGCAACGCAGGGUCCGUACCGGCACGAUUACAGCAGCCGCGGUUCCCCAACAAGCAGCGCAACUGAUGGAGUCGAUGACUAGAGUCGCGGCAACCGAAAGUAGAUGGUGUUUCAAGCAGCGCGUCAGCGAUGACGUAUGCGACGCGAGAAUUGGAAGGCCAUGGGAGGGGCGCUCGGCGAGAGGGCAAAGUGGGGUGGGAGGGAAUACCAGCGGAGGGAAGUGCAGGAGAGAGCGAAAGGUGUGGUCGCCAUGGUUUCGAUAUUCAAAUGCAUUUACUGCACCAUUAUUACUGCACCAUUUCGAAAAAUUCUCGCGACUCCACGUUCGUCGUACACUCUUGCACAAUUUCCCUACCACAACUGAAUUUCGACCUCUGGGUGGUUUAUGGGCCCUUUAAAGUUAGGUUGUCAGCAUAACUGAUGUUAGGCACUGCAAAGCUUUCCAUGUGGUGCUUUCGGUGCUGUCCCUAAAUGAAAAAACAAGACAGAAAGAAAGCUCUCUGUCAUUGGCUCAUUCCUUUCAUCAAGUACACCUGACAAAGAAAAAGUGUGGGCCCACGCAAACAGGGUUUGUCUAAUCAGUCCUUUUUUCUAUUUUUUUUAAAGGAAGAGUGAUACAGCUCUGUUCUAGACAGCCCUUGGCAGUUCAAAGAAAACAUGUUGCUGUUGUGUGCAGUUCGGCUGUGUUUAUCUGAAAAAAGAAAAGAAAGCCCUUUCAAGCCUUUGUGUUUUCACAAUCUUAAUACUGUUCACAGAAUGCCUGUAUCUCUGCAGUACUUAUGAAGAAUAUUAACAGGGGAGUGUCCUAGGUUUAAUGUACUUGCUAUUUGAAAGAGAAAGGUUAUGUGAUUUUAUUAGUAAGACAAAAUGACUAAAUAUGUGUAUGCCAUUCUUUGCCAAAGCGUAGUGUAUGGUUGUGCACUAUACCUGUUGGAUGUAUCAUUUUAGCGAAGGUUCUUCUGUCUAUAUAGAUGUUCAGCUGUUAUGAUAUGUGUGAGAAAUUCGCGAUGCCGACAUCUCGCUGAAAAAUUUUAACUCUCACUUGACUUCAUUUUUUCUAGGGUGUCUGAGUGCAAUUGGCUUUUGCUUUUGAAAUGUACAUUUGUUCAGCAACCCAUUUCUCUGAAACCUCGUGUCUGGAGGUUCAUAUGCACACAGAAGUUGUGAUAUCUUCAAUGUAAAUAUAUAGCUGUAGCAAGGGCUAUGAAAACUUCCAUAUUUACAGUUAUUAAAGCACCAUGUUGCUCACCAUAA